UGGCUGGCAGGGGAAGGCAUGCCAAUCGGAGAAGAGGUUGUAGGGAGGCGGCUGAGCUGGGUUGUGGGAGUAGGAAGAGGCUACUUCCUACCGGCCUACUUCUCACCGGUUAGAAGCUACCGUUGAGGCUAGAACCCCGAGCGUGGUCGGUUGGAGCAAAUAUGUCUGUCCGGAGGCACAUUGGAAAUCCUGAGUAUCUGACCAAAAGGAUACCACAAAACCCAAGGUAUCAGCAUGUCAAGUCAAGACUAGACACUGGUAGCAGUAUGACUAAAUACAUUGAGAAGCUAGAAGAGAUCAAAAAAAAUUAUAGAUACAAAAAAGAUGAGCUUUUUAAGAGACUAAAAGUUACAACUUUUGCCCAGCUGGUCAUCCAAGUUGCUUCCCUAUCUGAUCAAACACUGGAAGUGACAGCUGAGGAGAUUAAAAGGCUAGAAGACAAUGAUUCUGCAACCUCAGGCCCUGAUGCUGAAAUCACUGCCAAGACCAACGGGAAAGGGAGCCCUGGGGAGCAGUCGCCAAGCCCCGUCCAGUUCAUAAACAGUGAGGGAGCCGGGGACUCCAGCCGCUCAACUCUUCAGAGCGUCAUCAGUGGCGUUGGGGAACUGGAUCUAGACAAAGGGCUUGUGAAGAAAGUAGAGCCCAGUACCAAAGACAAACCUUAUCCCGACUGCCCCUUCCUGCUGCUAGAUGUGAGAGACAGAGAUUCUUACCAGCAGUGCCACAUUGUUGGAGCUUACAGUUACCCAAUUGCAACUCUGUCUAGAACAAUGAACCCUUAUUCAAAUGAUAUUCUUGAAUAUAAAAAUGCCCAUGGCAAGAUCAUCAUUCUGUAUGACGACGAUGAGAGGCUGGCCAGCCAGGCAGCUACCACCAUGUGCGAGCGGGGAUUUGAGAACCUCUUCAUGCUUUCCGGAGGUCUAAAAGUCUUAGCUCAGAAAUUCCCAGAAGGACUGAUUACGGGUUCCCUGCCAGCAUCUUGCCAGCAGACCCUUCCGCCUGCUUCUGCCCGGAAACGAUCUGGCCCGAAAGUGCCGCCCCCAGCAGCUGAGAAUAAAUGGAGAUUUACCCCAGAAGACCUAAAGAAGAUAGAAUAUUACCUGGAAGAGGACCAGGGUCCUGCAGACAGUACUAGCCGGCUGAGCCAAGGUAAUGCUUCUGGAAGAGACUCCAAGGUUCCAGGCGCCCGCAGCGGUCAGAACCUGCCUGCCGGGGGCCCUGCCGGCCACCAGAACCCCCGCUCACUGGGCAGUGGCCACCUGCAAGGCAAACCCUGGAAGUAAAGACUUUGUCUUAGUCAAAUAAAUGUUUUCUCUCCUUUCGGAACCCCUGAGCAGUUCCCAAGUUGGUCCUUUUAAGAAGGUGCUGCAGAGGAAAGACCUCAACGUGUGUCAGGCCCCCUUUCCUCUUCCUGUCUCCAGCUCCUCUCCCACAUCCAACCCGGGAAGGAUUUUUACAAAAACCAGAGGCAUGACAGGCUCUAGUGUCCUCCCUGUUGUUUACAGAAUAUUUAAAUCUCUGAAACUGAGUAGGAAAAAAGUCUGAUUUUUUUUUUUUAAUAAGGUCCAGUUUGUUUUGGUCUAUAUCCUGCAUUGUUUUGUAAAUACUUCAGGCAUUAUCUGGUGUGUCCUUCCCAGCCAGUUCUUUUUCACUCACUCUUCUUGGUCUCAUGAAGGCUCUCUUGGUAGGCUUUGCAGCCUGAGAAGCUGUCCCUGGGGGUGCAGACGAUUCGCAGCUUUCAGCCCCCACCAGCUGUGGACCCGCUGGCUGAGGAGCUCUUUGCCCAGCACCCGAUGCAGGCUCCGUCUUCAGUUUGGAAGCCGGUACCUGUGAGCAUCACUCAGUUAAGAUUUAGCAGUAGCUCUCACAUGUGCUCAACGCUCUCCUCACUAGAUGUUUUCCUGGAACCAGCACAGGUGAUGCUGUGUGCUCAGCUGCCUUCACGGGCAAGUCCUGCCCACUGUUCAGGGCCGGGUUGAGAGCCACUGAAGCCCCCUGGAGCCGUCCCUCAUUUGCGGUUGGUUUAUUAGUUGUAAACUCCCAUUACCCAGCUCAGGCCCAUCCAUCUUAGAUGGGUAGAAAUUAUGGCCACUUGAAAACAUUGGCUUUGGUUGGGCCACUGCCGGCACACAAGGUGAGGACAACUCCACAGUCCUUUGUCAGAGCUGACAACCCUUUAAACCCUUGCUUAAAAAUACAGUAUUAGUCUAAUUGAGUAAUUAGUGCAAUUCCCUGCUUACUUCUCAUUCUCAUGACUGAGCUGUGAUUAGGAGGUUUUGAUUAUAGAUUCUUGUUUGGGCCAGAAUUUUGAAUCAGCAUUAAUUGAAUUGCUAGAUGACUGACAUUCAUUCCAUUUAAUUGGGUGAACAAAAGACCUCAGGUAAGGAUGAGGAACUCUGAAAUCAUCAGGAAAAGGAAAAAGAGCCUUGUUAAUUUUUAUGGUCUGUGAUCUGUAGCUGUGAUAAGGGACUAAGGAAUAAAUUGUGCUCUUUGUCAUGGCAACCAGCUUGUGAAAACCCAGCUGAAAAUUGCCUAUCCUUAGGUGGUUAUUGCUGCUGGGUAAGAUUUGUCUUAACAGGACUAUUUUUCUCACCACCAAAAAAAAGAAAGUAUCACAGUAUUUCCAGCAUGGGGGGCUGUGUUUGUAGGAGAAAUAAAGGUAAUAAAUAUCUUAGAGACAUAUGGAAAAAUAACCUUCACAUUCAGCCCAGUUCUGUUUUAGUGUGUUUAUUCUUCUCUACUUGAUUUCCAAAGUGCAACAUUUUCCGAUGCUUUAGAAAUCAAACAAACCAGGGACAUUGUUCAGAUGUCAAGCCGUGCCCAAUUUUCCACAAGAUUCAAGAAUCUUGUAUAAAAUUCAGCCAACGUACACAUAGCUUUAAUGAGGAGCCUGUCAUGUUUCCCCAUAAAUUUAUUGCCUGAGAACUAAGUUCAGCCUUUUGCUAAUGCCAGAAUGCUCUGGCUUUUUAUUUUCUUUACAGCAUAGAUUUUUUAAAAUGCAAAUUUUUCCACACUCAACUUUCCCCUAGCAUGGACAAGAUUUUCAGCCAUUUUGGACACAUAUGCAUUUUUAAGAAAAAAAAAUUUUUUUCUCUGUGACGAAGUUCUGGUUAUGCCAUUUUCAAGUCGACUAGUCAGGAGUUUAGAUUUCCCCACUCAAUUCUAUUUUGAAAGUAAAUGGUAGUCCCCCUUUGUUCCUCUUCUGCAUUCCCAUCACCACACAACACUAGAGUGUUAGAAACUACUAUGUAUAUGUGCAAAGUCAGUAUAGCUGAACCUAUUAGAAUUGCAGUGCAUUUAGUUGAGAGAUCUGGCAGGUUGACUAUAUUUAUGUGUGUUUCUCCAUAGCACUUUGCCUGUUGGUAAGGAUUUUAAAUAACUACUCCUCAAAGACCUGUUCUGGUUCUGCACUUUGUGUGUUAAAUGUCACUUGCAGUUUUUACAUGCUCAAGGUAUUGCUUUGAAUGUUCUACUUUACUAGUUUCUUCGUUAGAUUAACUGACAUGUAUUAUCUAAGCGAUCUGUGAUACUUUGUGCAAUUAUGAAUGUUGAAGAUUAAAGUACAUAAUUCUUAAUUUGUUGUUUGCUGUUAAUAUGCUGAGAUCUGCCAACUUCUCUCUUCCUCUCUGUUGAGAUGAUUUGUGGGGAGUCACAUGAGACUGGGGUGAUCUGAAAGAGUACUUCUUUUUGCUUUAUCUCCCAGUAAUGCAUAUUUUCUUUGUAUAAAUGAAUCAGGAAAUCAUUCCAAUUAGGGCAGGGGACCUUAGCUCUCUAGUCAGAAGGGUUUCUCCUCAUGCCAGCAGGGACUGACUGCUACCUUAAACACAUUACAGAGGGACUGUCUUGUCAGUGUUGGGGGUUGAUGAGCUUCCCUUGCCUGGGAACUUAUGACCCCCCUAGAUGGAAAAUGCUUUAUCAACGUACAGCUGCUGCUCCAUCUGAGCAACGGUGAUGGCCAAAGUCUAAGUAAUAAGUUCAGUACUUUAUCUACUGUAUUUAAGAAAGAAAAGAGAGAAGGAAGGAGAGAAGCAAGGAAACAAGAAGUGUGGAGGGAGGAAGGGGAAGGCAACAUUACUCACUUGAGUACAAAAAGAACAUCUCGGGCUGUUACAAUGUCAGGUUUAAUCUAUUGAAAGGCAUAGAAUGGGGACCUCCCUGGCAGUCCAGUGGUGAAGACUUUGCCUUCCAAUGCAGGGGGUGUGGGUCCGAUCCCUGGUUGGGGAGCUAAGAAUCCCACAUGCCUCGUAGCCAAAAAAACAAACAAACAAAAAACCCCCAUAAAACAGAAGCAAUAUUGUAACAAAUUCAAUAAAGACUUUAAAAACGGUCCACAUCAAAAAAAAAAAACUUUAUAAAAAAAGUAAAAAGAAAGGCAUAGAAUGAAUCAAAUGACCUAAAAGUAAUUUUAUUUUUUACCUUUAGCAGAAAACCAGAACUAGCACAAUCAUAUUGGACUAGGGGUGUAAAUCAGAAUUAAAAGAGAACAAAUAGUGUUCAUUAGUUGCUGAGGGAUUUUUCCUGUGAUGCUAUUGAGAUUAUACAAAAAUUCAUAAGACUUUAGGCUAGUUACCAAGAACACAGAACAAAACAAAACCUUCUUUUCUCUAAUUCCCUUGUGGAAUAUAAGUGAAAUCAGAGUCCUAGGCUAGGAAGAAAUAUGUAGGCAAUUUUUCUUGUGUUGGUUUUGGUUUCUGUCAUGUUAUAAAUUGGCUGUAGAUUCUGUCUUUUAUGUUAUCCGACUUUUUUAGGGGGGAUAAUUAAUUUCUGUCCACCUGGAUUUAAAUCCAUGACUCCCUUCCUGCUCUACUCUGAAGAUAAUCAUUAAGAACCUUUCUUUCGCCAGUUCCAAAGUAUUCCCAGUGUCUAUAAUGUGCGUUUAUUUUCUCACAAUUCUUUCAAAGUUUUAACUCCCAUAAUACUUUCCUUUUUCUUUUUUCAAGAAACAUCAGAAAUGUGGAUAUUAUAUCAGUUUAUGUGAGCAUGAUGAUAUGCUUAUCUACUGUUCAAUUAAUUUUUUGAUUAAAAUAUAUUUUUCCUAUAAAGAACAAUAAAUAGGACACAUUGUGCUUCCAAAGUGUUCAGAAGACAUUUGGGUAGUAAUACUUUCCUAAAGUUGCGGGAAUUAUUGAAAUUGCUAUUGCCACGUCCUUAAAUUGGCACACAGGUCAGUUAUAGCAUAAAAUAUGUAAUGGUGGCAAUUUGUCAGCAUUGAAUUCUGACAGGACAGGAUUCAGUGCAUGAUUUUAUGUGUUUACAAAACUAUAUUGCCCCCCUCCCCGCACCCCCCCCAAUCUCCUUAUGGUCU